AUGAGGCCUGAUAGAGAUCAGAUGCAGAAAAAUGAGUUUCGUGAACCCUUAAAAACCACUGUCGAAAACGGUAUCAAUUAUUUUUGGUUGGAAGAAGAGCCUGCAUCUGCAUCACCAACCACCGACGAUGUUGCGGUAAAUGCCGCUGGUAGCAGCACUGUGCAAAAUGCACAUCCGACUGCUGUAUUUCGGCAGAAUAUCAGCGUUGUGUCUGACCCGGAAGUAUUCCGCGAAUGCUUUUUGAAGCAUGAGGAAGGAGAUAAAUUAGAGGAUUCUGAUUUUUUGUUUAAUUUUAUGCAAAGCCGAACAGAAUUUCUUCUUACUGCUUUUGAACAUCGUUGUUUACAUGGAAAGGAAGUAAGACAUAACGAUGGUAAAUAUUUGGGAAGCAAUGGUGAUGUCAAGGAUGGCGGUAGUGCCAUAACACAGAAACCGUCCACAAAAAGGAUGAGCACUAUUGAGUGCAAUUAUGCGAUGCUGAAAGAGAAAGUGCAAAUCGCUUAUGAUGAAUUGGAUAAAACUUCGUUGUUUUUGCGAAAGGCUGCAUUUAACGGAUUAGAGCAGAGCAAUUUCACUUGGACCCAAAAAGUAGUUCUUAUUGCUAAUAAAGUUACCUAUCGGGCCAAUAAAGUACGUAAUGAAUUGGAACGUGAACUGCGAAAUAUCUACAAUAAAUAUGAAGCGGUACGGCACGAAUAUGACAAUACGAUGCGUGAAAGGAAAGAUGUUCUGGAAGAAAACGAACGACUGAUGGAUGAAAAUGCUGGAUUAGCACAACAAGUUAACAGGUUUUUUGAUGAAAACAAACGUUUAUUUGAAGAAAAAAGUCGUCUGGAAAAUGAAUUACAUCGUGUUGCAGUUACAAAGGUAGAUGGAGAAAGUUUGUAA